UGAGAAACACGCCGCGAGGUCCCGAGAGGCACCCAAGACGCCCCGACUUCAUCCGUAGCCAUUUUGGCUCAAGACUCGAGCAGGCCACCCUGCCAGCCAGCAUCGCUCGACCCUCUCGUUGUUAGUAGCCCUCGUCGAUCUCUGCGCAAGCGACGAGCAUGAUGAAGGCGUGGGCGGUCACCAAGUACGGCGAUGCCUCGGCGCUCUUGACAGCGAUGGACGUGGAGAAGCCGCAGCCAGGGGCCGGGGAGGUCCUGGUCAAGAACAUGGCCAUCGCAACCAACCCCAUCGAUUACAAGGUGAUCGCCGGCGCCCUGGCACCAGGCGAGGAGGCGCCCCCCCAGCGCCUCAUCGUGGGCUGGGACAGUGCGGGGGUGGUCGAGGCUGUCGGGGAGGGAGUGACAGACUUCCAGGCCGGUGACAAGGUCUGGUUCGCAGGUGACAUCACCAAGGACGGAUGCUACUCGCAGUACACCAAGAUCGACUCACGACUCAUCAGCAAGAUGCCCAGUACGCUCUCCUUCGAGGACGCUGCUGCCUUGCCGCUGACCUUCCAGACAGCGUGGGAGGGCAUGGUGGAGCUGAUGGGCGUCCAGAAGGGCAAGUCGAUCUUCGUCUUGAAUGGCGCUGGCGGGCUCGGGUCGAUCGUCAUCCAGGUCGCUAAGCACCUCGGGCUCACAGUGAUUGCCUCCGCAUCGCGCGCGGAGACCAUCGAGUUUUGCAAGCAGAUGGGCGCGGACCACGUGGUCAACCACCGCAACGAGGACCUCGGCGCUGAGCUCAAGCAGGUCGGCUUCGACUGCGUGGACUAUAUCUAUAACGCCCACGAGAACGAUCGCCUCGGGGAGCUCUUCAAGCUGCUGGUGUGCGACGGGAGGCUUGUGGUCACCUACGGCCCUACGCAAGAGCAGAUGGCGAAGGUGGACUGGACCACCGUGUGGCUGAAGAGGCAGACGCUGUGCUUCCAGAUGAUGUUCGCGCGGCCCAUGUUCAACACCGAGCCCGCGAUGGUGGGUGGCGUGAUGGCAACCAUGGCAAAGCUCGUGGACCAGGGCAGCAUCAAGACGACUGUCACGAAGAAGUACGGGGGCAUGGAGCAUAUCAAUGAUGCCACCAAGCUUCAGAUGUCUGGCAAAAGCAUCGGCAAGAUCUGCCUCACCAUGACGCACUGAGGCUGUGCUGGUUUGCCCCCCUAUUUUUUUCGAAGAGCUUGCAGGGUACUCGUGGCCACCAGUACAGGCUGGAGGUAGUAUACGCAUUCGUGUAUGUAUGUAUGUAUGCCUUUCAUUUGAUUUGCUUCUCGAUGCAUGGCGCUGCGUUGUAUCAUGGUGUUUUCAUCACUGCGUUGUAUCGCAGUGCCAGUGUCGGCACUCCAUUCUGAACAGUUCCUUCGCUGCUUGGCAUUGGUGCGCAUUGCCUUGUAUGGAUGUGCCACUGUCUGUGAUCGAGCUCUGUUCGGCCGCGAUUUUGUUACGCUUCGGUGUGCCUCAUAGUUUCCAUUGUUUUGCCUGAUAGAAUCGGCACCUUUUCGAGCGCCGUUCAGCCCUGCAGCUAGAGUGCGCUCAGAACACGGUCCCCGCGCGCGCCCAUGGAGUGUUCAUAUCCCAACCGUGCGCGGACAAAAAAAGACGCCCCGACUUCACGAUUCAGGUCAGGGGUGUGUUGACAUGGGCAGGGCGUCGG